AUGGCGUCGUCGGGCGGGGACGAGUCGCCGUCGCCGGCCAAGCCCGUGCUCCUGCACGGGGACCUCGACCUCUGGGUCGUCGAGGCGCGGCUGCUGCCCAACAUGGACAUGUUCUCCGAGCACAUCCGCCGCUGCUUCGCCUCCUGCGGCACCGCCUCCUCCUGCGCGCCCCGGCAGCCCCCGCCCAACAGCCGCGGCGUCGGGGAGGCCGGCAGCCGCCGCCACCACCACCGCAGGAUCAUCACCAGCGACCCCUACGUCACGCUCUCCGUCGCCGGCGCCGUCGUCGCGCGCACCGCCGUCAUCCCCAACAGCCAGGAGCCGCGCUGGGACGAGCAGUUCUUCGUGCCGCUCGCGCACCGCGCCACCGUCCUCGAGUUCCAGGUCAAGGACAACGACACCUUCGGCGCGCAGCUCAUCGGCACCGCCUCCGUCCCCGCCGACCGGGUCGUCGCCGCCGCCGACGAGCUCGAGGAGUGGGUCCCCAUCGUCGGCACCAGCGGCAAGACCUACAAGCCCCGCACCGCGCUCUUCAUCCGCUACCGCUUCCGCCCCUUCGCCGCCAACCCGGUCUACCGCCGCGGCAUCCCCGGCGACCCCGACCAGCAGGGCGUCAAGGACUCCUACUUCCCGCUCCGCCACGGCGGGAAAGUCACGCUCUACCAGGACGCGCACGUCAACGAGGGGGACCUGCCGGACGUCGAGCUCGAGCGGGGGAAGAAGUUCGAGCACAACCAGUGCUGGGAGGACAUCUGCCACGCCAUACUCGAGGCGCACCAUAUGAUUUACAUCGUCGGCUGGUCGAUCUACGACAAGGUGAAGCUGGUGCGCGAGCCGUCGUCGUCCAGGCCGCUCCCGGACGGCGGCGAGCUCACGCUCGGAGAGCUGCUCAAGUUCAAGUCGCAGGAGGGCGUCAGAGUGUGCCUGCUCGUCUGGGACGACAAGACGUCCCAUGACAAGCUCUUCAUCAAAACGGGUGGUGUGAUGGGAACGCAUGAUGAAGAAACUAGAAAGUUUUUCAAGCAUUCCUCAGUCAUCUGUGUUCUUUCACCUCGAUAUGCCAGCAGUAAGCUGAGCAUUUUCAAACAACAGGUUGUUGGGACAUUGUUUACACACCACCAAAAAUGUGUGCUGGUUGAUACACAAGCUUCGGGAAACAAGCGGAAAGUUACUGCUUUCGUUGGGGGCCUAGAUCUUUGUGAUGGGCGUUAUGAUACUCCUCAACAUAGGCUUUUUAAAGACCUUGACACAGUAUUUGAAAAUGAUUUCCAUAACCCAACAUUUUCGGCAGGCGCAAAAGGACCGAGACAACCAUGGCAUGAUUUGCACUGUAAGAUUGAUGGACCAGCUGCCUAUGAUGUCUUGAAGAAUUUUGAACAACGCUGGAGAAAGGCAUCCAAAUUCCGUGAUCGAUUUAGGAAAGUAUCUCGCUGGAAAGAUGAUGCCCUGAUAAAGCUGGAGCGUAUCUCGUGGAUACUUAGUCCUUCACCUAAUGUUCCAAAUGAUCAUGUUAGUUUGCGGGUUUCAAAAGAAGAAGAUCCUGAAAAUUGGCAUGUUCAGGUAUUCCGGUCAAUUGACUCGGGCUCUCUAAAAGGAUUUCCUAGUGAUUGCAAAGAGGCUUCAAAGCAGAAUCUUGUGUGCCGAAAGAACCUCAUAAUUGAUAAGAGCAUUCACACAGCAUAUGUCCGGGCAAUCAGAUCAGCGCAACAUUUCAUUUAUAUAGAAAAUCAGUAUUUUCUUGGUUCUUCGUACGAGUGGCCAUCCUAUGUGAAUUCAGGUGCUGACAAUCUGAUACCAAUGGAAUUGGCCCUCAAAAUUGCAACCAAGAUUAGAGCUGGCGAACGGUUUGCAGUUUAUGUAGUCAUACCAAUGUGGCCUGAAGGAGUCCCUACCUCGGCCUCUGUGCAAGAAAUUCUUUUCUUUCAGGCUCAGACAAUGGAGAUGAUGUAUGGAGUAAUCGCACGAGAGCUCAAGGCCAUGAAUAUUGAGGAUGCAAACCUUCAAGAUUACUUGAACUUUUACUGUCUGGGCAAUCGGGAAGAACCGUCAACAGAUGGUAGCCCUGAGUCAGAUAAAUCUACAGAUAAAAGUGCAGCGGGCCUGGCUAGAAAACAUCGGCGGUUCAUGAUCUAUGUUCAUGCAAAAGGGAUGAUUGUAGACGAUGAAUACGUCAUUUUGGGCUCGGCAAACAUCAAUCAGAGAUCCUUGGCUGGCUCGAGAGAUACCGAAAUUGCAAUGGGUGCCUACCAGCCUCAUCAUGCAUGGUCUUCGAAGAAGGGUCAUCCUCACGGCCAGGUAUAUGGGUAUAGGAACUCCCUCUGGGCAGAACACCUUGGUAUGGUUGAUGACCACUUCAAGGAACCUUCUAGUCUGGAAUGUGUAAGAUUAGUGAACCAAAUAGCCGAAGAAAACUGGGAAAGAUUCGCAUCAGAAGAGAUGAAAACGUUGCAAGGGCACCUCCUCAGAUACCCAGUGAAGGUAGAGUCCGAUGGUAAGAUCGUCCCGCUGCCCGACCAAGAAUGCUUCCCCGACGUUGGUGGCAAGAUCUGCGGCGCUCCGACCUCGCUUCCUGAUUCGCUGACGAUGUAG